CUUAUUUCUAUAAAGAUGAGGUUGGUAUUGAUAAACAUUACAAACAUGGGUAAAGAAGAUGGAGAGGAGGACAGGCGGCGACUUAGUAGUAUACUGACCGAGCGCCCACGAGAGAGCGCUUGGAGACCACUAUCAUACUUAUACUGUUGUCUAUUUCUGCCCUCUCAAUGUUGUCUUCUUCUUGUCACGAGUUUAGGUAGAAUGAAGCGGUCGAGGCUCUCUGACAAGAGGAUCUUAGUCAAGGGCUGGAAACAAUCUUGGUAGUUUGAGAAUUCCAUUUGUCGUAUCUUUUGCAGUUUGUACAUAUAGCAACCUUGUA